AUGGAGAAUGUGAAGAGAGGAAAACUUAAGCUCAAGAACGGUAGCAAACUGAAAGUGUCGUCCAAGCGCAAGAAUAAAAAGAAGAAGGAGAGCAAGCGUGAAGAGAAUGAAGAAGAAAAGCGCCAUGAUCAGGAGAUAAUCGGUGACGUGGAGGUGGACACGGAGGAAAUGACCCCAGCACAACGUCGACACGCCGAGCACCAGAAGAAAAGGGAGCAAGAGGAGAUAAAAAAGUUGGCGUCAAAGACGUACAGAGAGCGCAUCGAAGAGCUCAAUCAGCACCUUGGCAGUCUCACAGAACAUCACGAUGUGCCUCGCGUUUCUGCUGCUGGCAACGGAUAA